AUGAGAGUACCCGUUUCCUCUCCACAAACCAACCCAAAACUCGAAUCUUGCAACAACACAAACACCAACCAAACCAACCGAGGCCUCAAUUUUCCUGCCAAUCUCAAUAUCCAAAACUUGUGCUACGAACCCACGUCGGUUCUUGACCUGCGCCACAGCCCCAGCCCGGUGGCCGAGCAAAAACCCGCAAAAAUUUCAGCGGUUUCAGACGUCCUGUCUCACUCAAAUCACCAUGACCCUCUUGAGUGGGACGAGCAGGCCCUGCACAAUCUGGACUGGGACUCGAUCAUGAGAGACUUGGGCCUGCACGACGACUCUGUUCCCAACUUGAAGACUUCAAUUCCGCAAUUGAACUCCACCGACUCACAAAUUUCUCAUCUUUCCGACUACCCACAUCCCCAGCCGUUCGACCCGACCCAGCUGGUCCACUCCGAUUUCAACAUCAAUCUCUCCGAAGUAUACUCCACCCAGAAUUUCACUAACGCCACCCACAAUUUUUACGACCAUCAGCCGGGAAAUUGGAACGUCGGGUUUGAUUUCAUAGAGGAAUUAAUCCGCGCUGCGGACUGUUUCGACUCGGACGAGUUGCAGCUCGCCCAGGGGAUCCUGGACCGCCUGAACCAACGGCUACGAUCUUCCUCCCCGUCGAAACCCGUCGGGAAGCCGCUCCAGCGUGCGGCGGUUUAUUUCAGGGACGCCCUCCAGUCCAUCCUCAACGGCUCAGAUUCAGCGGCUGACAAUCAGCUCUCGUCCUGGUCCGAAAUCGUCCAGACCAUCCGCGCCUACAAGGUCUUUUGUGGAAUUUCACCAGUCCCGAUGUUCUCCCACUUCACGACCAACCAAGCCCUCCUGGAAGCCCUCAGCGGCUCCGCCUUCAUCCACGUCGUCGACUUCGACAUCGGCUUCGGCGGCCAGUACGCUUCCCUGAUGAAAGAGCUCGCCGAGAAAGCUGACGUGGCUGGCCGAACCAGCCCAGUCCCACAGGUGCUCCGCAUCACCGCUGUCGUGCCCGAGGAGUACGCAGGCGAAACCCGGCUGGUCAAGGAGAACCUCUCCCAGUUCGCUCAGGACCUCAAGAUCAGGUUCCAGGUAGAGUUCGUCUCCGUCCGUACGUUCGAGAUGAUGUCCUUUAAGGCCGUCAAGUUCAUGGACGGAGAGAAAACGGCGGUUCUGCUCUCGCCGUACAUCCUGCGCCGCCUCUGCUCUCAGAACAACAUUUCCGCUUUUCUCGGCGACAUGCGGCGGUUGUCGCCAAGCGUCGUGGUGUUUGUCGACUCCGACGGGAUGGGGGACUCCGCAACGACGUCUUUCAGGAGGAACUUUGUCUCCAGCCUCGAGUUUUUCUCUGUUAUGCUGGAGUCGCUCGACGCGUCCACGGCGGCUUCCAGCGAAGUGGUGAAGAAGAUUGAGACGUUUUUGCUGCGGCCGAAGAUUCAGGCGGCGGUGGAGGCGGCGGGGAGGAGGGUCCCACCGUGGCGGGAAGCGUUUCGUGGGGCGGGGAUGAGGGCUGUGGAGCUGAGCCAGUUUGCGGACUUUCAGGCCCAGUGCUUGCUGGGGAAGGUCCAAGUCAGGGGGUUCCACGUGGCGAAACGGCAGGCCGAGUUGGUGCUUUGCUGGCACGAUAGAGCCCUGGUUGCCACGUCGGCAUGGAGGUGUAAUUAG